UAUACUAUUCCAUCCUCCCAAAAGCGAUCCAUUUCAAUUUUCACCGCCUAAUCCUUCUCCCCUUUUAAUUCUCUCCUCAAUCGAUCAAUAACAAAAGUAUUGUGUUUCAGAGCAGAAGAUUACAAGAUGGCCACCCAGUCGAACCAGCCUCAAUCGAUCCAUGAUUUCACUGUCAAGGAUGCCAAGGGUAAUGAUGUCAAUUUGGGUAUUUACAAGGGCAAGGUCCUGCUCAUUGUUAAUGUUGCAUCGCAGUGUGGCCUGACUAACUCAAACUACACCGAGUUGAAACAGUUGUACGAUACAUACAAAGACCAAGGAUUGGAGAUAUUGGCAUUCCCCUGCAACCAGUUCGGCUCACAAGAACCAGGCACCAUGGAAGAAAUUCAAGAAUUCGUUUGCACUCGUUUCAAGGCCGAGUAUCCCGUAUUUGACAAGGUCGAUGUAAACGGUUCGAGCGCUGCUCCGAUAUACAAGUACAUGAAAUCGAUCAAAGGCAGUCUUUUCGGUGACAAUAUAAAAUGGAACUUCUCGAAAUUUCUCGUUGACAAAGAGGGUCAGGUUGUCGACCGCUAUGCUCCCACCACAACUCCUCUGAGCAUAGAGAAGGAUAUAAAGAAGCUUCUGGAGAAAGCAUAAGAGCACAGAAGCUAGAAAAAAAAUAAUAUAAAAUCCCAUUUGAGAGUUGGUCUAUAUGAAUAAAGUGUGAUGUUUUUAGAUCUUUAAUUUGUUGUUAAGAUGUUAUUUUGUGUUGCUUUGAGAUUAUUGUAAAUGUUGACUUUGUGAUGACUUUUCUCCUCUUGGUGGGAUUUUUUGUUGUAUUUAACUAUUUAUUGUUGCAAUAAAUAGGUGUAUUUAACUAAUUAUCAAAAAAAAAAAACUAUUUAUUGUU